CCCAUUAACACUUGGACUGUCAGACUCUCUUUCGACUUUAAUUGUCCAGUUUUGUCUUUUGUGAUUAUAGAAUGAUUGAGUCAAAUAAUAAUAAUAGUUUUAAGACAUACGGUCAUGGAUAUUGAUGCUUUGGAUAGGAAUGAUAAUUGAUUGUAGGAAACAUUCUUUAUCCGACACCAACCCCAAAACUUCUGUAGCUACUUGAUGGCAGAAUAUUUUUUUAUUGUCUCAGUGAUAGAGUUAUGGAUCUACUUGUAAAUUUUGGCUUUUUUUAUAUUUUAGGAUUAUCAGGUCAGUAUUUUUGGUUUUGUUUGUCUCAAGUUAGUUUUGGCUGGAUGUCGGAAAGGAGUCUUCCAAGUUGCCAACAGUUACACAGUGUAGUUCAAAAUAAUUGUUGGGUUAUUGGUUUUAAUAGAUUUUUGGCUUUUGCGACAAUAGUUUUCCACCAGUUAGUUCGUUAUCCCGAGGGUUUACUGUAUUUUACCUCAAGUGGUAUUUGAUAGAAGGUAGAUGGUGCUGUAUGGUACAUCAUAAGAGCAACUGAGCUAUGGGAAUGUGAUGUGACGUCUGGAUAAUUAUGGGAGAGAAGGUGGGUAACACGGAGGUCCUCGUUGGGGGGGUUGGAGGCACUUGGCACCAGGCCCGCCUCACCCUCGAGGCCGACCAUCUUUUCGUCACGCUCACAGACCUUGACGACCUCAGUAAUCUCCAAGGCUCAGAUGGAGAGACUGGGCCGAGCGAUGUUCCCGAACCAAUUGCGAGUCAAAAACGAGUCGUCCAGAUUUGCAAGUCUGAUAAUAAUGGCCUUGGAAUUUCCAUCAAAGGUGGAAGGGAGAACAAAAUGCCAAUCCUCAUCUCUAAAAUCUUCAAGGGUAUGGCAGCUGACCUGACCGAGAACCUUUAUGUAGGAGAUGCCAUUCUCUCUGUCAAUGGGGAGGACCUAAAGGAGGCCACCCAUGAUGAAGCAGUGCGUGCGCUAAAGAGAGCCGGCAAGGUCGUCACACUUGAAGUGGUGCCCUCCUUCUAUGUUACAGUCAAGUAUCUGCGGGAAGUGACGCCUUAUUUCCGCAAAGCCUCGGUAAUGGCCGACAUUGGGUGGGAGCUCCAGUCUGGAUUUUUGGGUGCUGAAAAUGGAUUUCUGACCACUGACGAAGACAGAAGCUCGCCGAUCAUGAGCAACGGACCAGACACAAGAUCAGUGCCGCUCCUCUUCUGCCACCUGACGCAAAAUUACAAGUGCGAAGAUUCCUUCACACUUGAGCUACACUCUCCUGACCGCCUGCACAGCCUCAUCAUGAAGUGCUCGUGUGAGGCAGACUUCACCAGCUGGUAUAACGCCCUACACUCCUCCUUGGAUCGCCUCACCAUAGCUGCUCUUGUUCACGCCAAUAAGAUGCUCGGAGAUGUACUAGACAAAGCCACCAUACACCACAUGGGUUGGCUCAAGCUUAAAGUGGAUCAAGGUAAAGAUGAAUGGGAGCCUCAGUUUUGUGCUGUAACCGACCAUGACAUGAUCCUCUUCCAGGAGGUGCCGUGGACAAAAGAAGCUUGGGCAAAUCCUCUUGUGUUCUAUCCUCUUCUAGCUACCAGAAUUGUAAAUUCAACACAUAAAGGAUCACUGGGUGGCAAUGAACCAAUUACAAUGACAAUGCGUUGUGGCACUCAAGAAGGAGUAGCCAUGAGUGUCUUCCAGCACGACACACACCGUGACCUGGCCACCUGGGUGAAGGUCUUGGUACAGGGUGCACACAGUGCUGUUCAGAGACAGAAGGAAGUUGCCUGCUAUUGUGAAUGGCGAGGAGUGGAGGCCAAGUUAGUGCUACACCACGAGGAAGGCUUCACUCUGCUGUCCACACAUGAUACCGCCGGUGGUAGAGGCCGUGUCCUGUGGACUCAGCAAUUCCACAAGCUGCUCAUGAGCUCUGAUGAUGGGGCCAGGCUAAUUUGGCUUCGGUUUGAUGGAGACAUGGAAGUCGAACUGGACUUGAAAACCAACCCUAAGCCAUUUGUCUUCAUCCUCCACACCUUCCUCUCGGCCAAGGUUCACCAGCAGUCUCUCUCGUCCUGACGUAAGCUAGACCAGCCAAUGUCAACAAAAGCAUUGGGGCCGUUACACUCCAAAAAAGUUACUAAUCCAGAACAUUUAACCAAAACUAAACCAACAACAAGCCAGAUGAACCCAAGUAAAGCUGGGAAACCCAGCCACCAUGCACAAGGAAGACCGUCCGCCCAGGUAGAUACAAACGUAACUAGCCAACCUGACCACCGAAAACCACCAAAGCCAGCGAGGAGUCAGGUAGAUUUAAGUAAAUCUUCUGGAGCAGCAACAAAUAAACAAAGUUGGAAUGCCAGUUAAAGAUCACAUAAUGUUAUUAUAGGUAAUACAGGAGUUGGCAGCCAUGACGAAAAACAAGAAAUUCUGUGUGAAACAUUUAUGAAUCGUUAACGUGAGACAAGAGUUAUUGGAUGAGAAGUUUAUCGUAACUUGUUUUAAGAGAGGACACGACUGAUCUGCGCCAUCUCCUCAUUUCCUUGUUCCUUUUUAUCAUUAAUGAUAUACACUAAUUUUGUGAAAUUGAUCGAGAAAUAAGACAGAAGGAAAAGGAAUAAUGUCAAGUUUUGCCCAAUUUCAACAUUUAGGUUAUCCCCAAAUGUUAAAUCGGACAGUAAAGAUGUUUGGUAAAUACAACAUUCAAAUGGAAGUGACGGAAAGAUGAAUGUUCAAGAGUGUUGUGAUCAGUCGGUGAUCAACAGUUAGAGCAGUAAAGGUGUUGGGAGCAGCCACGGACUGACUGGAGGGUAAACACAAACUGGAGACGUUCAGAGUAAACUUAGCGUACCGUUCUUCUCUCUUCCUGUCCCGUCUUCUUCGUGUCGAGAGCUCAACUCAGGAACCAUAAGCUGGGGAAGUUAUUGACCCCUGUAUUUUUGAUGAAUGCUUUUCUUGCUCUUUGGACUCCUAGCUUUGCUGUUACCCUUUUAAAUAAUAGUUGAGAUGAUUAGAUAGAGGAUAAUGUGUUAUCUUUGCAUGGCUCUUGGGGGCAGAUCACUGAAAGUAUGGUUCAUUAUUUAGCCAUGUUGGUGCAGGAUGGAAUAUAAUUACCUGGUACUCUGUUAAUUUUGAAAUCCAACUGUUAGAAAAAAUAACUAUAAAUUACAAAAUUCAACAAUCAUGAAAAGUACCAUAGGUUAAAAAAAAUAAAAUGGAAAAAGAAAAAAAGAUCCAAGGUAUAGAGAAAAACCCGAACUGGUGGUGAGUUGUGCGUGUGUGUCAGAGGGUUGCGACGAGCGUCUUGACUUAACCGUGACUUUUCUUGCCAGCACUCGACAAAACAGGAUGUGAAAGUUAUGUAGGAUAAUAAUAAUACAGUAAUAAAUCUUGAAGCAGUAAGUGAACUAGGCAUUCCUGGAUGUUAUGGUGUAAGAGGAAAUGACAUAAACCUCCUUCAGAGUCUUCAAGUGGUGGACGAAGCAAGUAAUACUGUCCACCAUUCUCAGAUUCCUUGAACGCGUCAAUAAUUUUAAUACGAACAUCAACGUUAUCAAUAUGCUGUACUGGGCUCGACGCUAAUAGUCCCUUAGUUUUUUUUUUGUCAACGUGGAACUGGCAAAGUUACUCGUACAUCACACUGCUUGAGGCUUAUUGAAGAAGGCUUGUGGUGUACCGGUAUUCAAGAGAUAUUAAAAUCAUAAGAAGACGCUGCCUUUUAAUCCUAAGGAAAUUGUGAAUGCCAAGGAAUUUCUGUGAUGAUAGACUCGACGUUAAUCGUAGGUACGCUCGUCAGUAUUUGUGAUAAGCAAGGUACUAAUUAUCUCGGUCUCUGGUGUUUCGUGCACAAUCAAAACAAUGUGAUGCUAAGGAAAUAUUGCAUUAGCUUUUUAUUAUUAUAUUGAAUGUAGAGCUUGUAUGUAAUAUUAAUCAUAUCUGUCUUACAAGUUAUGAAAAAAAAGACAUACUUCAUGAUAUAAAAGCUCUUUCAUUGCUAUUUUGGGCUAGAUUUUUUUGUUUUAAUAAUUAUUUGACUCAAAAGCCCAGAUCGUGUGGCAAUAAUGUUAUGUUAGUUAUUCUGGAGUGUUUAGAAACUUCACUUUCUCACACUACCUUAUGUUUUAAGGGGGAUGUAUUCUUGGCAAAGUAUUAUUACUGGUUCAGGGGUUUGAGAAAAUUAACAUAGUCCUUUUUUUUUGUCUACCCCUCGGCUAGCACUGGCCAAGGGGUAUUGUCUUCACCCAUGCCAUGUGUGGGUGGAUCUGUGUGUUUAUGAGUCUGUUAACCCAAAACUUGUCAGCGCUGCUAGUCUUACAAUUUUUGGAGGGUUCAUCAUUUGAAAUUAGGUAGGCAACAUCAUUAGUACUCAAAGAUGCACAUGUGUGCUUUUUGGAUCACAGGGUCGAAGGUGAGUCACCGUUACUAGGAACUGGCUGACUUAUUUUGUAUCGCCACUACGAUAAUUGUAAUACCUUCUUUACAUUUAUAAUCAACAACUGCCAUAAUUAGGGGAUAAUUAACUCAUCUUGAGGUAAAGUCUGGUAUUUUAAGUUAAUGAGAGCCUUUGCACUUUAAGUACACUUAUCAUGUUUCUUGUGGGUGUGAAUGGUUUGUAUAAGACAUAACUUAAUGGAAAACAAGUAAGUAUGCAGAUAAAGGGUUUUAUUGAUGCCGUAAUAUGCUUUAAAAUCUAAGGACAGUAGUAGCGCUGCUUGUCUCGGUCACUUUCGGUAACACCACUUUGGAAGACAUAAAUGGAAGCACAGAGACAGUAGGGAUGUAGGGAGACAGUGGCCCCAGUAACUCGCAGAAGAACUACCUGAGGAGAUGUGAAGGGAAGUGCGGAGAUGGUGGUCCUGUUAAUUCAUGGAGGCGUCACUGUAGGAGACAUAAUAGGAAGAGCAGAGAUGGUUGGUGACCGGGGUAGAAAUGAGCUCAUGGGGGUAAGAUGGACGAAUUGACCAAAUUUGCUUGCAUCUCUGUAACACGCCAAACAACAUGAAUGAAACUUGUCAUGAAUAAUAGGAAAUUUAAUGUACUUUGAGACUGUUACUUUUAAUUUAUUUAUUCUUUUACUUUAUAUUGAUUUUUUUUUUUUUACAUCAGUUAGGUCAAGGUCUAAGUUGAUUGAUUUGCUCCUCUUACCCUGAGAGCCUCAAAUACUCGGUGAAGGUUCUGUAUGGGACACAAAACUUUGUGUGUGGUAAAAACUGUGCGCGUGUGAUAGAAGUAGAUUCAGAAAUACUUAGUCCUAUUUAAGCUUGGAAAUCAAAAUGGUUGAUAGACAACAGGCAAUUUUUUUUCAAGGUGCAAAUUUAAAAAAAAUAUUUUUUUGAUUAUACGGUACUUAAAAUUCCUCCCUUUUAUAGUGAACCAGUAUAUAUGAAGAACCAGCAGAACCACUUCAGUGUAAAGAACAAUGAUGAACACUGGAGAAAAGUACAGUACAGUACUAUACAGCGUUAUAAUACGAUCUCUAACAAAUAAAACUUAAAAGAAAAAUUAUUAAAUCUUACAAUAGUUAGCUCUUGAUUUUAAAAAAUGAUAAUUAUGUCAUAUAUUAGAACCCCAAGCCAAAAAUUCUUCUCUAGUUUAGGACCGUAAGUUACUGUACGUCGUCCUCUCGUGAGUGACAGAACUUUCUCCAUCGACGGCGAAAAGACAAAUUGCUUUUCUUAUUUACUAGUUUAAAAAGUUCUGUAUUUGAAUUGAAUAUCCGCACCCUGGAUAUUUAUUACUUUCUGUUUUCACUGAUAAUCGUCAUUUUAUUACGUAAGUCGUAUCGUUAUCGGGCAUCAUUCGGUGGAUACUUGUGGCGAUUUAUCAUUUGAUUUUUCAAGUGAUUGCUAUUUGGCAUAAAAAUUCUUCUCGUCUAUUUUCAAACAGGAUUUUAUUUUACAUCUUUUUUAUGCUAUUUAAUUUUGUAUGCAUAUUUUUGUUUAGAUGAUUAUCCCAAUUAGUAUACAGUAUUUAUCUCUUGUGGGAAGGCAUAAUUUUGAGGAUUUUUUCUGAAUGAUAUUGAUUAUUGCAUAUAUUAUCUUGAUAUACAAGAAAAAAAGAAAAUAAUAAAAAAAAGGAUAUAAUUUGAAAUACAGUACUGUAGUUGAUUUGAAUAAUAACUAUUCCAUAAUUGUUGUUAGUGUGAAAGUUAGUCAUAGUAUUGUAGAGAGACUGAAUGUUACAGAAAACUUAUACUGUAGUGAGUAGGGUGAAGGUUACAGCAGUAUUUUAGGUCACAGGUACAGUAGAGUGAAAGUUAUAGAAGUAUAGAGUUAUAACUACCGUAGGGUGAAAAUUACUGAAAUCUAGAAUUACAGAAAUAUAUUAGGAUUACAGUUACGAGUUAAAGUUACAGAAAUUUAGAGUUAUAUGUUGAGAGAAAAUUACAGAAAUAUAUUAGGGUUACAGGUAGAGGAGAAGUAACUAUUCUAGAGUUACAGUUACUGUAGAGUGAAAAUUAGAGAAAUAUAUCAGGAGUCCAGAUACAGUCGAAUGAAAGAAAGUUACAGAAUUCUAGAUUUAUAAGUAGAAUGAAAGUACCCAAAUUGUUUAGAAUAACCGCUUAAGUAAAAAUUACAAGAAUCUAUGGAUAUAAUAAUGCUGAUGUCACCUUUUCUUCACUCAUUACGUGCUUUGCUCUUGUUUGGUGUGUGGGAGGGGACGAUAAUAGCAGCCAGGGAAGUGUGUUGUGAUAAGGCGGCCUGGAGGUUUCUUUCUGUUGUGCCUACCAUUUCAGAGGGAACAUUAUGAAACAAGAUAAACUAGAAAAGAUUAAUGUAUGUGAGAUGAGUUAAAUGCUCAACUCCUGGGAAAACACUCCUAAGAUUCGUAUAUUUCAGAUAUAGUGAUCUUGAUGAAAAGUGAACAGAAAAUUUAAACAUUAAGUGGAGGUGUACAGCUGUAUUUGCUAUGUGUUUGUCAAGGGGAAGGUGUCCUACAUAUGAUAUAAUGCACUUUGGUGUGUUGAACCUGUAUUACAGAGCUUAAUAUGUUGGGGAGGUGAUGGGUAGGUAAAUGAGCCAGUGUUACAAAAUAUUAUGAAGGGGGGGAGGCAUUGUUAACAUAUUGUUGCACAUAUUUCCUCAGACCUGUGAAAUUUGGCACAGUAACACCAUACAAUCAGUGAUUCUUAUAAUGUUUGGAAUCUAGAACUUACAUCUGGAAGCUAUGCAUUUUGAAAACUACAAUAAAGCAAUAAAUUCUCCUAAGUAAUCAUGUCAUUAAAUAAAUUUUUAAUAUUACCUCUCACAUGAUCUUGACAGGGUGUGGGUCCUCAUGAUGCAGGGAGGGGGUGGGUGGUGCCACGUGUUGGUGGAAGGGAGUGGUGCUGCUAAUGUAUAAUUGCACGCUGUAAUAGUGAGUGGGUAUAAGGGUGGCUCUAGCAAUUUUUAAAGGGUAGGGGUGGUAUAACAAUCCUCAUUUACUAAAUACACAGAAAUGACUAUCCACUGUUGGAUUUACAAGCAAUAAUCAACCAUUUGUUACAUUAAUGAGUUUGUUUAGCAGGUACAGUAGUUGCAGUGGUUAGUAUCACUGCCAGAAGAAGAUGAGGUCAGUGUAUUUUAUCACAGGACAGAACUUCUGUUUUGGGUAUGGUGUAAUUGAGGGCAGGAUCCCCCCACUGGGAUAAGACAAAAGGUGGUAGAGUUUGCAGAGCUAAAAUUUAGUCCUUAGAGAAAAUGUAGAAGUAUAUGUGUUUGUUGGUUGAUUAAUGAGAUUUUUUUUAAAGCUCUUGCUGACCUUUCUAACAUAGGUGGCAGGAAUCAAGAGCAACACAACCUUUCCCUCCAUUUGCUGUCAAUCAUUCUCUUUAACUGCUGUAAGAAAUGUACUCUCCUGUGGUGUUUCCCUUCACAACUCUGCCUCGAGACUUCCAUCUGGUUUAUCUCCAUCACUUUGUACAACAUAGACGACCUGACUACUAAGAAGAUGUGGUUCAUUGUUCCUGGAGGGUGUGGUGAUAGGCUGCUGUGGAUAAAGUAGAUUGGAUAUUUAGGAGAUGAGUUGAUCUCAGUAAAGUCAAGGUUUAAGAAAAAUUUUCUUUCUCCUCAUUGGCAGCUUUUUUCUGUGGCUACAUUUUCACUGUAGUGUAGAUGAUGGCCCCUGCAAGAUUUCUUCUAGUCCAAGCUGAAGAUUAAUGUUUCUCAUUUCUGUUUUAUUAACUCCCCUUAUUCAUAGCCCCUAGAUGGAGCUGCUAUCUUUCACUCUCUAUUGUCUGACUAACAAGGAUCAUUGAUAUUACCCCUUCAACACACAAAUACUGUAGGAGGGAAGAGACCACUCCAGAUGAAAAGCUGAAGAAACCCAUAUAUGGAUCUUGGGUGUUUUGAUCCAUUGAUUAGGUAAUUAACCUUGAAUAUCAAAAUCCCUAGUUUAGGCCCUAAUAAACAGGCAUUCUUCUUGGGGCGGGAACUUUGUCGCUGGUGUUUCUUUCAUCCCAAACGUAGAUGGGCAGUAGGUUGUCCAAGAUGAUAAACUACAGACAUUUGACUCUACAUCCAAGGAAUAAGUAUACUUGCACUGCAGUCUUGAAAGUUAACAAUUCAGAAACAUAAGCUGCAUGAGUAUAUCUUUUAUUGUAAUUUGUUGCUAAUUUAUACCUGCUGAGGCUGUUGUUAGCCUUUCCAUAAAUUCUUCUUUUGUAGUUCAAGUGAGUUGUGAUUAUUUACUUACCUGAUAGAACUAAUAUAGAUGAUUGUUUAGCAGGUAUCACAAGCACCGUUGUUAGAUGAAUGUGGGAGAAGGAACCAUGAUGUAGGUAUAGACAAGUGAGAACAAACAAAAUGUGUGAGAUGUAAGUGAAAAAAAAAAAAAGUGUUUUUUGGGCAUUUUAGACAUGAGGUUCAAGAUGAGAUGUGUAGAAAUAUCACUUUGGUGUGUUCUUAAGCAAGUGAGUAAUAUAACUGGGAUUGCUGAUGAGUCACUAUGCCAUGAUUAUUGAUAAAGGCUUAAUAAUACCUACAGCUUAGUGAAUUUUGUUCAUUUUUUACAAUAAAAGAUCUUGGUUGUAAAAGUUGGAGAUAAGUUGUUGGUGAAUGAAAACAUAAAUAUAGAAUGAUUUUGUUGUCCUGUUUGCAGUAGAGUUCAUUUUUAUAUGCCUUAGUCUUCAGUGAACCCGUCUGUUGGAUUAAUACAUUACUGAACCUCUUGUUUUGUGGCUAUGGUAGAACCUCGGGAGUUAGUUUAUUACUCUAUUAUAUACAGUACAUGAUGGUAUGAAAGCUGCACCUAGUAGUACUCUUAUUAUGUAGCUAGAACCUUUUAAUUCAAGUAAUAUUUAGUGUUUUGUACAUUGUAUAAUCAUUAUAACUAUUUGUUUUGGUUUACAUAAAUCUGUAAAUUAAUUAUGAUAAAUAAGCUUCACUUUUUUGUUGAAAAAGUAUACAGUACCUGUACUUUAUAUGUAUACUGUAUACUACUAUACAUUGUGUGUACAACAUAUGUACAUACAUACCAGUAUAUAGUUACUCUACAUGCAUAUAUACAGUACUGUAAUUACAUUUAUGCCUUUAAAUAUUAUUGUGACAAUUAACAUUAUAAUAAUUAUUUUGGCAGCUGAGUAAGUGACAAGACAUUCAAUAUUUAAGGUGGGUAGUUGUUGUCAACAGUAUUUGUGAAUAUUUCCAAAGUGAAUGGAGAUAUGUGCAAGGAAAAGUAAUUUAUCCUGACGUAACCUAUCCAUGUCCGGGUCUUUAUUCCCUGGUAAAUAUGUUUAUCGUAUGGUAAAGAGAAACUAUCGGGUAUUCUUUUGUUUUAUACAUUGUUGAAGGUCAGAGGAAGUUGUUUAACUUUUAUUUUUUAAUGGGAGAGGUUCAUGUAUAAGAAGGUAUGUGGAGAAAGUGAAUUAGAAUCAAUUUCUUUCAUUUGGUCUCGGUGAAGUAUUGUGGUAUGGUCUAUUUAACGUACAGCAGCAUAACACGUACAUGGUGGGUGCUUUGUUAUGUGCAUGUUUGGUGGUUGUAAUUAUUUUCCAGACAUAAAUUGUGUUUCCUAUAUUAACAUUAUUCCUCAUCCGUUCUCUAGUGUAUAACAAGUGAUCCGGAUAUAUUGAUAUGAUAGAAUUUAAUAUACCGUAUAUCGUGGUUGGUGCUUUAAUGCCGAGAGAUUUAAUAAUAAUGAAGGAGUGUUAUAAUUCAUUCACAACAUCGGAAGUUAUUAUGGAAGCCUUGGUUUAAUCAGGAGUAAUCUCGGUUAUCCUUUUGCAAUUGUCAUUUUAAAGAAUCUCUCAACCCAGUUCUUGGAUUAGGGAAAACUUUUGGCCGUCAUUCAUCUUGAGAGGAAGAACCUGCAAUGUGUGUUGAUCCCUGUGAGGUAAUAUUUAUUAACCGAUAAUAUGACAAGGAUUCUUACCUUAACCACUUGUGUAUGGAGUCACCUCUCUGCUGAAUAAAAGCGUCCGGCAUUAGCUAAAUAAAUGACGUCCCCCGGGUAGUAUUGGGGAGUGCUAGAAGGAUGUAAUGUUAGGAAUGUUUUUCUCUGUUGUUUUGAUUACGGUAUAAAUAGAUUGCACGUCUUACUCCUGCCACAUGUACACUCUUAAGAAUUCACCCGGUUGUGCUGGGAUGGAUGUAUGAUGGAGAUGAACUAGUGUACUAAAACACACUGUACAGUACACUUUGUCAUAUUAAACCCUGUCUGUUGAUUUUGUACGUGUAUCAUGCUUUAAUAUGUCCCGUUGCCUCCAUAUUGUGUAUAAUAACAUGGUGGGUAGUUCAUUUUGGGGUACAGUUUUUUUUUUAAGUGAAAUUAUUUUGUCAUAUAAAGUUAGCGCUAAUUCCUUAUUAUUUUUUAUAGUUGGGAGUAAAUCCUUAUAUUUUUUUUAUAUCACUGUCAUAAUGUAACAUAUUUUAUACAUAAAUCCAAAGCUUCCUGCCAUUAUGAAUUGUGAGGUGCUGUAACUUGUAUAAACAUACAUAGCGUAUAAAUGACAUCCUUGGUAUAGGGUCGUGUUAGAUACCCAUAAUACUGAGAGUUUAGGCUCUGUGAUAUGCAAUACAAUGUAAUGUACAUCACUAACAGGUAAGAUUAAUUAUUGUGGCACCUUAAAUUCCCAUAAUUCAUAAUAUUAUGUUGAUUGCUUGCUGAAAUUCUGCAGGGUGCAUAAUGUUAUUGAUCAUUUUUGACUCAAUAAUGGAAUUCAAUGAGAUGUAAGAUUUUAAUUUUUUCAAAGACUAGUUACCUAAGAGAAAUAAGAUGCCCAUAACUAAUUUUUAAAGUUAUUACUCCAAAAGUGCCAGAUAAUAAACAGUUUUUGUUACCAGUGCUUCCUUAACUGUCUCAAGGUAAUGUACAGUUAAGGUUGCAAAGACUGUCAUAAUGUACAGUUGCUGGACUGGGGAUGAAAGACAGUAUGUGGUACUGUACUUAAAUCGGAAAAUCACUUCGUGGUGUAUGUGGCUUAGACUUUGUUUGAAGAGAUGCUCUAAGAAACAAUAUGGUAAAGUACAGCAAAAAUUAUCUUACAGACCUUGUGUUUUAGUACUGUGGGGGGGGGGGGUACUGUGUUUACCUCUUUCGGUAUAAUUGCAUCCCAAGUUUUUCUUAAGAAUUAAAAUAUAUAUAUAUAUAUAUUUGGUGUACCUGUUCAUUGUAAGGCUUUUUCUUCCAUGUUUCUUUUUUAUGUUUUUACCAUAAAACUGGAAGAGAUACAGAGUGACUAUAUGAAUCUCUCACAGUAUUGAAAGUCUGAAAUACUGCAGUGCUUGUUAGUGUCCAUGAGAGGGUCUAAAAUGGAGUAUCUCUUCUUAAUGUCUAAAAUAUAGAGGAUGAAUAAGUGCAUCUUUUAGUAAUGUGGGGCUGAUAUUAAGUAACUUUUAUUAAUGCCAAACACAUGGGGCUGAAAUAAUUCAGUUAUUGUUGGUGUAUAUGCAGAGGGACUGAAAUAAUCUUAUCUUUUGUUAAUGUUGAUGCAUUGAAGGUUGGGAUUAUAUGUAGACAACAGUGGUAAGGGUGUGAAGAGCAUAGUAACUGAGAGUGGUUUUCAGAUCAGCGUAUGGAAGGUUGAAGCUCGUGUACAAUCAUAGGUAUUAAUCCAUUGAUUAAGCAUCACCCACUCUUGUCUGCCCAUAACUCAGUUACUCUGAUUGGCUGCUUGUUGGGUCAUGCCGUUGCAUUCAUCAAUUUUUCCAGAUUUUUUCGAAAGUAUUGAGAUGUGUUUGUGAUGACUCUGGCCUUUAUUCAGGGAGAACAGUAAACACUAGAGUCUGUAUGGUAGCCCAAAGCAUGAAGAACCAAUGUCAGGUGUUUGUUUACCCAAGUCAUGUUUGCCGGUCAGUGAUGCACAUGCACAGUGGUUCACUAGUUAGAGGUGGAUAGGUUGUUGAUAGAUGAAUUAGUGUUAGAACUUAGGCACAUAUUUUUCAUUAUUCACUUUUUUGUUAGCGUAUAUGGUUCAUAUGAAAGGUUGAUGUUAUUAAGUAAAUGAGCAGAACUCUGACUAAAGAACUCUGAGGUAAGGAUUUUUAUGUGCUAAGGAUAAGCACAAUGAAUUUAUGCAAAAUGGCUGUAAGGGUUAACUUGUGACAUGCAGUACAGUAGAUGUUCCUUCCAUUCUGAUUAUUGUUUUGGUUGUGUUGUGAAAUAAUGAACAAGAGGUAUUCAGUUUCUGUAUCAAAUGAGUAAUUCAAUUAAUACACCUUUAGAAUUUUGAGAAGCUCGUAAUUUGGAUUUUAUAUGUACAGUAUACAACAACAUACAAAAACACAAAUACAGUACAGUAUGUGUGUGAACGGUAGUGAUAUUCUGACACCCAUCCACUACUGUGCUGAAAUUGAAAAGUUUCUUGUGUGUUUGUAACAGUACUCUCUCUCAGUUUUAUCUUUCAUAUAAUAAAUCCUUUGCUACAGUGACUGUGUUCAUAAAAUACAUUAGUCUGGCUAUUGUACUUCUGUGCUGUGAAGACUUCUCAGUCUUUCUCUGCGAAAAAUAUUUUCUGUAAUUUGAUAUUAAAGGAAGAAUUGCUUUAUGUGCUACUCUGCCUUCCUUAAAGAAAACGUGUGCGCGUGCAUGCAUCCGUGCAAGUGUGUGUAUGUGUGUGUGUCUGUCUGGCUGUCUUUUAGCACACAUCAGUCUCAAAAUCUUUUUGCCUUUUGCUUCAUUCAGUCCGAACCUAAGACAUUUCCCAUAUUGAGCUCGGCCGUAUCUAGAACAUUGGUUUGAAAAAAAUCACCUCCUUUUACUUUCAUUAACUGCACAGCAACCAACUACUGUAACAAUGAACUGACCUGGCUAGAAAAGAGAUAAUUUUGCCAAUUUUGCCCACUUUAAUUAUUUUUGUACUAGAUUUUUUUUUUCAUAUAUCAGAACCAGAAUUAUAUUAUUUAUUAUUUUCUCUUUGAAUGGAAUUAUAUUUGUUUUAAUCUUUCUUCCCUUCUGACCUAUAUUAUAUUUUUAUAAUUCCAUUUGUCUGAAUGUGUUUAUAUUUUCUCCCACACUGUACAGUAGAGUCCAGGAUGGUGUUACAGGUCGCCACUAGUAUGAUGGGCUGUUUCAUGAUGUCAUUAGGGCGAUGUGGUGAUGCAACUUGCCAUUACAGGGAUGGACUCUGUGAAUUUACAUUGUUGAUGUUAUAUAUGAAGAAAAUUUAAGGCAAUUUGUUUUUGUUUUGUUACUGUUGUUACCGGUAAAAUGAACGGGAUUAUUAGUUUGAAAAAGGACUCAAAAAAUGUUGACCCGUAUCGACCUACUAAUGAAAAAGUUGACCCAUAUCGACCUGCUGUUCUCCAGUCAAGGGCGAUGAAUUGCUUGUUUAAGAGACAGAAAAAGUAUAUAAAGGCAUAUCGAUGUUCAGCUUAAUCACUGGUGGCUUGUGCUUUGAUUCCAUAGUGUACUUUUGAUCAAGUAGUCCAGCCAUUUCCUGCCUUUUGAAGUGUUUGAGCGGAAGACGGCCACCCCCGAGUGUCCUGCGGCACACCUAAGUGUUCCAUGUUGUGAGAGGAAGAUGCCAGAUGCCUCUCUUGAUGCAGCUCACCAGGACGGUACACUCUUCUUGUACAGCUUAAUUGUAAAUAGUAGAAUAUUUAGGUUUGUAAUAAUGUUGCACGUUAUUCACUUUUAUAAGCACUAUAGAUUAUCAAUAUUUUAUUAAGUUGAAAGAUAAGAAGUAUAGAAAUGAGUUUGUUAUGCUUUACAGUACAGUUAUAGAAAAUGUCUUCAUGUUAAGCAGCAAGAUACAUAAAUUGCUAUAUGCAUGACAGUGUGAAUGUUGGUGUACAAUGUCGUAUAUAUGUGUUAACGUACAGAUCUUGUGGGACAAAUGCUUACCCACAGAAUGUCGUAUAUGAAGAUCUUGUGGGACAAAUGCUUACCCACAGUGUUGCACAGCACACAGCAGUGUAGUGGAGAGCACUUCUAUGUUGGUUGUGCAUAUUAGCUGGUGUCCCAGGGGGUAAAUAGAGUUCUGUAUCAACUUCCUUCUUAAGAGUUUCUUGUGUAGUUGUAAGGAGGUUGAGGAAUUAGCUGCUGUCUGUACAAAGUCAUAUGGUUCUACAUUGUGCUUACCGAUACCUUGGUACCACAUGAGUCGGUGCAGGAGCAGUAUUUGGUUUCUUAGAGCCGUUAAUACUUGUACUGGAUGCUAGGAAGACAGGUGUGGUUUAUGGGACUCAUUAACCCCUUUGGUAACCUGCAUGUAGUUUGCACCUUUGCUCUAAUUGCAUACGAGUUUGCCGCCUCUUGGUUUAACCGUCGAUUCUUGAGGAGAUGUAUUUGUGAGUAAACUCCAGUUUCUAAUCUCCGUGACAUAGUAGAUGCAGACUAACUACCCUUUUGAGAUGGUUCCACUGGCUCUUAGUAUAGGUGUACAUGUGUUCCUGAGCACCACCAUUCUCCCGUCUAUGUUCUUAACCUCAAGUCGAGUAGUUUUGGCACACGUAGAUUAUAUCCAGAGGUUACGAGAUGUGUGUGGUACUGUGUGUGGCUACUGUGUGCUGAGUGUAACAAAUCUAUAUCUAUGGAGACAAUCACUUGACAUCUGAUAUCACAUUUUCUCACUUAUUUUAUCUUGGUGUUGUAGACUUGCAGUGUACUGUAUACUAGACUUUGCAAAAAUUAUCAUGCAUACUUGUAGAGCAGGUGGGUCUUCCCUCCUCAGAGUCAUUCAGUUUAAUUUUGAAUCACUAAAUAUUAUUUGAACUUUCUCAGAUUUCUUGAAAAUAUAUAUUUCAGAAUGUAAAAUUAUAUUUUUGUUUUUUUACUAAACACAUCAAGUUUUAUUAUGGUAUAUCAGCAUUACAUGCUUAGCCAGGCACGGAUAACAGAGGUAACUAGCUAUAGUAUAACCUUGUGACGGGCGCUUCCAUAAGCAUUUUCCACUUAAAGACUUGUAAUAUGGAAUACUGUAUAGCAAGUUUUAAGGUUAAUGCAGGACCAUAAGAAUUAUUAUAUUGAUACAAGUCCAGUUUAGUCAUUGGGCGUUGUCGUAAAGAUUGACAACGUGUCCGCGUGACUGUAGUGUUUUGGCCUCACUUAACUAGUUGACUAAAAAAACUUGUUGGUAGUAAAGACGAGUUACCAUUAGCGAGGGAGGUACGAGAGGGGUACGGUGCACUGUUAACAAGAGCAAGUCAGUUUAGCGUGCUACUCUCCUUCUGUAAACAUGUCUCAUAAUUGGUCUUUUUUUUUAUUUCUUUAUCUAUAAAAGCUUAAUAUUUCAUAGAUGUAUCAGAAUAAGGUAAAUGUUUUUUACUGUCAUAGCAUAUUAAUGUACAGAUGCUUGUUCCUUCAUCAGUAUUUCCGGUGCAGUUUAUUAUUAGUGACUGAAAAGACAAGAAAUGAUAUCAAGAACUUACUCGUAAAUGUCACUGUUUGUUGACUGUUAAGAUACCAAGUGAUGAUGAUGAUGUGUCCCGAUGUAUGUCUUGCAUCUACGGCUUUUGAAGGAAUUCAUCACUCACCAAUAUUUCCCAUUAUAGCUGCAAUAAACUCUUUCCAAAAUGCCUCCCUUGAAAGGUACGUACUUCAAUAAAAGCGUUGGUGCAAAAUAAUUACUUCUUGAAAUGUAGUAAAUAUAUCAGACUGAUUGUCAGUGUUCCUUAAGCAAGCUAAGGAACACACAGGGUUUUGAAACAGAUUGAGAAGGUAGUUGUAAUGUAAAUAUUUUCUUACGUAGGCUUGUAAAUGAUACUGAGGAGAUCGUUGUAGUAGUGUGAUCAUGAGAGUCAACACCAGGGCUUACUUGGGAUGGAGAAUAAGACAAAUUUUCUCAGUGUUUCACCUGUGUAUAAAUAAAUCACUUUUAGCGGAGACAUGUAAAGGUGAAGGUACAGUACUGUUGUAUCAGGGUCACCUGGCUUCAGUGUGGAGCCUCAGGACUCUCUUUAUUCUACAUCUGUUAGUGGUCACGACGUAUUGUAGUUGAUAUCACGUACAUGUAUUCAAAUUCAAGCAGUUUCUUUCUUCUGGAUUGCAGCUAAGUGAUUAUUCUAAAUCAAAUGAUAUAAAAUUGAUUGUAGAAUAAGCCCAGUCUUGACCUAACUUCUCAGUUGUUAUUGCUUCAUAAUGUUUAUGAAAUACUUCUUCAAGGUUCUGUGUUGUGUUAGUAAAAGAUAUAGUUAGGUUGUGGGUGUUAGAGUGCUAUUUUAGUCUUGUUCAUCUUUCUGCUAGGUUUAGCAAAGUGACAGGGUUUGGGCUAAAUUUAGAAAAUGCCAUGGGUUUUUGUGCUAAGUAUAACAAAGUGACCAGGGUUUUUUUGCUAAAUUUAGUAAAACGACAUGGAUUUUUUUUGUUAAUUAUAACAAAAUGACAUGAUUUUAUAUGGAAUUUUUCUUCCUAUGAGCCUCCAGUAAUGUAGUCUGUAUUUCACGACUUAAUUUUGAUUGUGCCGUGAGUUAUCGGAGGAGCCUUGAAGGAGUAUUUACAUCAAAAUUGAAUUAUUCUCCCUCUAACAUAAAGCUGAACUCCUGCCUUUCACCACCAUGCCUACGGUGAUUCAGUGAUUUUUAUUAUCACUGUAAUGAUAAUAAAAUAUUAAUAAAAAUAAUAAAAAUCACUGUAAUGUAUUUCUUCAUGUUUGUAACUCCUAUUACUGUCAUCUUUUAUUUCCUACAUGUUCAUUACCAUAAUGCUAUAUGAGUUUGUAAAUUAUUAUUAUUAUCACUAUUAUUAUUUCCACUUUUAAAACACUGCAUUAUAUUGUAUUCCAUUUUGCUAUCAAAGUUUGGAAAUUAUUAUUUUUUCCACAUAGAGUGUUUUAUAUUCCACUUGGCUAUCAGAGAUUGUGAAUUAUUUAAACUUUUUCUCUACCUUAAAGUAUUGUUGUGUAUACCAUUAUUGCUGGUGAAGUUUGUCAAUUAGGAUUUUAAUUUUUUCCCCCCACACUAAAUCAUUGCAUUGGUUGGUUGGUACUGAACAUUGGUAAUGGUUUAUGUUUAUAGUGUGUAAUUCCUGUCUCGUUAAUUCCUUCUCCUCCCUCACCUUUGCCUUCCAUUGUUAUUAUUACCAUUAUUUUUGGUUCUCUCUACUUCAAUAAGGGUUGAGGGAGUUCGAAUAUUGAGUCCUAAAGAAUUUACAGGUCAAAUUAAUUGUUGAGAGGGAAUAGAGAAUGAUUAUAUAAGUUGAUACAGGUUGUUGAUGUAAGGGGAAACUACUGUAUACUGUGCAGGCUCAUGUCAUGUCAUACAUCUAGGCAUUGUUUCCAAGACACAGUCCAUGAUGGCAUUGUUUUUACUGAAAGUGUGGCCUGUUAUCAAGUCACUUUAUCUGGAAGAAAUGAUGUGAAAUGAUCAACUCACUGCAUGCAAUGUUUGAAAACAAAAUAAUAAUAAUAUUCACUUACUCUCUCUACAUACUGAAUUGCCUUCAGAGCUUUAAUGAGGCUAAAAUUUCAGUAAAUAUAACAAAAUUAGGAUAAAGAUUAACUACUAAUGGCUGUCUAAAUACUGUAUAUUUAUUAAUACCUAAGAGAUUUUUUGAGAUAUUAAUACUGUUAUUAAGCAAUGUUCAGCUUUAGAUGCAUCUCUGCUAUAUAUAUAUAUAUAUAUAUAUAUAUAUAUAUAUAUAUAUAUAUAUAUAUAUAUAUAUAUAUAUAUAUAUAUAUAUUAUUUCUUUUAUUUUAAUUUCAGCUGGUCUCCAUUUCUGCCUAAAGCGACAGGAUUAUACUAAGACGAUGUUGCUUCGUACGCAAUAUGCAGCUUCAGUAACAUACUAAAUCUGGGUGUUAUUUAGUGUUAAUAAUGAGCUUAAGAGUAAGAUAUUGUACAGGAUAAGAGAGAGAGAGAGAGAGAGAUUUAUUCAGGGGAAAGCAUUGACCUGUAGUAGGAUGUCAAUAUCCGGAUGUUGUUUUGAAAAAUUGAGUUAAAAGUGAAAUAUUUCAAAUAAAGGACACUAUUUUCUCUUA